GUGUGCUGCGGGCAGGUGAGGUGUAAGGAGGGCUCGCCCAUUUAGCAGGUGAUCAGAUUGUGUUCUGUGGGUAGGUUUCUCAACCAUCAAACCCUCCGAGUGUGUCUUAUGAAUGGAGGACUUCCAUAUUUGCCCGGUGACUGACUACUACAAAAGGAUCCUUCUACCAGUUUCCUACAGCCUUGUGUUUUUGCUGGGGCUGGGUUUAAACGGCGCCCUGCUGUGGUGUGUGUGCUGCCGGACGCGCCGCUGGAGCAGCACGGCGAUCUACAUGACCAACCUCGCCGUGGCGGAUCUUCUCUACGUGCUGGCCUUGCCCCCUCUCAUCAUCAGCAAUGCAAUGGGAGACCUGUGGCCCUUCGGCAACGUCAUCUGCAAGGCCGUCAGAUUCUUCUUCUUCGUCAACCUCCACUGCAGCAUGAUGUUCCUCGCCUGCGUCAGCGUGCACCGUUUCCUCGGGGUGUGCUUCCCGAUCGCCGCCGUGCGCCUCAGGACCAAGAAACUCGCCCUCUUUGCGUCGGGCUCGGUUUGGGUCCUGGCCACCGCGGAGAUUUUGCCCACGCUGGUCUUUGCGCACACGGGUGUGAUCAACAACAUGACCGUGUGCUUUGAAAUGACAGACCCUAAGCAAUUCAGCAUUUACUUCCCCUAUGGGCUGUUCUUAGCCAUAGUGGGUUUCCUGACCCCAUUCCUCGUCGUUGUCUCCUGUUACUGCUCCAUGAUGAAGGUGCUUUAUUGCAGGGCCGCCUACGGCACGUCCAAUCCCAGGACAGCUCGUAUGCGUAACAAGUCCCUGUACACACUCUCUGCCGUGUGUCUCAUGUUUGUGGUGUGCUUCGUGCCUUACCACAUUACUCGCACCGUCUACUUGUUCGUGAGGGUCUAUAUGCCCGGAGACUGUCACCUGCUCAACGUGGUCAUGAUCUCCUACAAAGUCUGGAAGCCGGUGGUCAGUUUUAACUGCUGCUCAAAUCCUCUCCUCUACUUCUGGGGUUUCCACUGGGGCCGCCAGAAGCUCCGGGCCUGGCUGUGCAGGAGGAAGAAGAGAGUGCAGCCCAGCGUGUGUCUGGUGGACGUGGGCAGCACGCACAGGUCCGGAGGGUAGCGAGCGUCCUUCGGAGGACUCAUCAGUCCAUACGGUGACUUUUAGCAUGAGUCAGUGGACAGUAAUGACAGUAAGGACUGUGCCAGCACUGGCUACAAGCCGUGUUUAAUAAGUCUUUUUAUUAUUUUAGACAUAAGAAUAUGUAUUGGGAAC